AUGUUCUGGUUCCAUGGAGAUGAUGAUGAUUUUGUGCAGACUCCGACAGGUGAUGUCAGUUGGGGGCGUCAGAAUGGCGGUGCAGAGCUGAAGAAAGCGAUUAAACGUACAGAACUAUAUGGAUUUCCGGAUGUGGCACCAGUCUCUGAUGAAAUGGCAGGGGAUUUCGAUGAACUUGAUUUGUCAAAUGAAGAUGGAGAGAUAUGGGUUGGAAAAAAGUUCAGGAACAAGGAACACUUUAAAAUCACGUUGGCCAUCAAUGCGCUGAAGAAUAUAGUGACGUUCAAUUUCAAAAAGCAUGCGAAGAAGUACACAGUCGCCGAAUGUCCAUCAAAGAUUUGUAAUUGGAGAGUGUUGGGGGGUCAAGUUGGCGACUCGGCGUUGUAUGAGGUGAGGAAGGCGUGUUUGAAGCAUACAUGCCACCCGGAUACAAGAAAGAAAUUUUCUAAACAUGCUACUUCUAAAGUCAUGGCGGCUCUGCUGAAGUCUAAGUAUGAGAAUGCAAUAGUUGGGCCACGUGCGAGUCAGCUACCUGCGAUUGUUCUCUCUGAAUAUAAUAUUACAGCCUCGUACUGGAAAUGCUGGAAAGCUAAGGAGCUGGCUAUAUACUCUGCUCACGGAACAGAGGAGACCUCUUUCAAAUUAUUACCGAUUUACCUCCAUGUGCUCAAGUAUGCUAACCCCGGCACCAUAACGCAUUUGAUAACUGAGAGCGAGAGAGAUGAAAAAGAUGGAACAAGUAUUACCAUGUUUAAGUCUGUAUUUAUGGCAUUGGCUGCGUGUUUAUCUGGAUGGAAACAUUUGAAACAAGUAGUUGUUGUUGAUGGAACUCACCUGACUGGUAAGUAUAAGGGUUGUCUAUUAACUGCGAGUGGACAAGAUUCUAAUUACCAGGUAUUUCCAAUAGCGUUCGCCGUUGUCGAUGCAGAUUCUGACAAGACGUGGAGGUGGUUCUUUGAGAAGUUGUUAGAAAUUAUUCCAGAUUCCUCUGAUCUUACUUUUAUCUCGGAUAGGGACGGUGGAAUUGCCAAAGCUAAAAAGAAAUGGUAUCCACAGUCACACCACGGUACAUGUCUUGUCCAUAUACAGAGAAAUGUUCACGGUAAAUACAAAGGUUCCGGUCAGAAAGGGUUGGUCGUAAAGGCUGGAGAAGCGUUCACAGUUUCUAAUUUCAAGAAACUAUACGCAAGGCUGAAGGAUGUUGAUUAUGGUUGUUGGGAGUACAUGGAAAAAAUCCCUCUUGCGCUGUGGACUAGAUCACACUUUUCUGGUCAGAGGUAUAAUAUGACCUCCAGUAACAUUGCAGAGUCUCUGAACAAUGCACUAUUCGCUGCAAGAGACAGUCCAAUCGUUGCAAUGCUAGAAUUUAUCAGGCGAAUGUUAAGUAGGUGGCUUGAAUGCAGAAGAGAGAAAAUUCAAAAGAUGGAUGGUGACGUCACAGAAGAAGUUGGCAAGUUAAUGAACCUUCAGCAGGAAAAAUCUGUUGCACUAUCAGUUCAAGGCAUUUCUUUGUGGGAGGUUGAAGUGAGUUCGGAGUUUGGUGUACGGCGGCUUGUUGAUCUCCUAAACAAAACAUGCUCAUGUCUAGAGUUUCAGACAUUGAAAUACCCUUGCCGACAUGCGAUGGCCGCGGCUAGGCUUCGGCAAGUGGAGUACAGCAUGCCCGACCCUGACGACAUUCGUAUCCCAGCAGAGGUGCGUGACCUUAAUAUUAUGCCACCUAAGGCAAAACGUCCAUCAGGAAGGCCUACGACGAAGAGAAAACUUUCAGCAGAGAGUAUCCUCAGGUUGCGAAAAAAGAAGCCAAACAAAUGCUCGAGAUGUGGAAAUCCCGGCCAUAACCGGGGUAUACACACUGUGUACACCCAUGUUGGUGGACACAGACCUGUGGGUGAGGACUUGUAUCACUGGGAAACUAUCAUAAGGGGGCCUAAAGGUUCACCCUAUGAGAAUGGUGUUUUCAAACUAGACAUUCACUUUCCGCUUGACUACCUUUUCGUGCCUCCUAGGGUGAUGUUCAAAACAAAAGUGUAUCACCCAAACGUUACAACUUAUGGGAACAUUUUUCUGAAGAUGUUGAAUCCAACUCACUUCAGGACCAACAACAGCAUCAAUGAUGUACUGACGGAAAUACACCAAAUGUUAACUGCCCCCCAAAUAGGGGAAGGACUGUUUUUUGUUGAAGAAAUUGCUAGGAUUUACGUGGAAGACAGGGCUGCUUUUGAAACCACUGCACUUGCGUGGACGGUGGAGCACGCAAGAGGAGCAUAA